CACGUUAAUCAAGUCCCCUUUCCAGAAUAAAAUCGCUCGGGGCCCGACCUCACGAUUUUUAAUUGGAAAGGGACCUGAAUUAUUCAUUCAUCUGCCCGAAGAAAUCAGAAUCAACUGCCCCCCUCCCCCCUCGCCAUUCCACCCCACAGCGUUCAAUCUCUCCUGUGUAUCCUAGAGGCACAGGUGCCUAAAGAAGUAAUCGAAGAAUCCCCUAAACUCCCCUCGAAUAUUUCUCUCGCAACACGCGUUAUGUGCCCAUGUUUACCAUGAAUAUGCUCUUCACAUUCUUCCAUCUACAGGCAGUUGACUCCAUCUUCCUUCCACCCAUCCCUUCCUCCCACUCUGCACCCGGCCACAGACCAAGUGCCCGAAAGGUGGGGGCUGGUAGGCGGCACCAAAGUCGGGCCCUAGGAGCGAGAGUGGGAAGGAGAAAGUAGGGGAAGUGGUCCAGUCCACGAGGAUGGAGAGAGAUCCAACCGUGAAAUUAAAACAUGAUGAGGGCGUCCAGAUUGAGACACGAGUAUGAGAAAGAGGGAAUCGACGAUUGGGCUAACGUGAUACGUCAGGGACGGAUUCAUCGUUAUUUCCAUAAUUUCUCGAGGCUAUACCGUGUACCUGAAAUGUUCAUAAACCCAUCACAUUUGGCGGCACAGCCCCACCUCUUGGCAAUACUCUCACCCCUAGGAUUCCCCGUACUCCGAAGCACGUUUAUUAUCCAUUUGAAAAGGUCCCCUCCACGAAAGAGGCUCAUUGAUGUCCAACCGACAAUGCAGACCACCGCGUAAAGAUCGAUUAGCCACACCGAAUUCAUCCUCGUGAAAUCCCUCGAGAUUUGUAUCCCCCGGAUACUCAAACAAAUAACGAUAAAGGGGAAAAAAAAUUGAGAGAUCAAUUGAAAAAGCUCGAGCGAAUGAAGACGUUUGUUCCUUGGAAAUUCUUGAGCAUCAUGAGAGAACAGAGAGCUGUUGUGGCGCAGGUGGGAGCCCUCAAUUUCACCGAGGCCAGUAAGAGCCACAAGAAGUGCAUGCGUGAGCCUCGACGAAGAUGACCACUCGGAAAAAAGCUCGUUAAGAGCCCAAGCUGCUGAAGGCGAUGGAAAAAACGCUAAUUAAAAGCCAGCACUAUCUCGGACUGAAUGAAUUCAUUCAAUUAUAUACAAGUGUCUCUUCAGCAUCAAUCACCUCAGCUCCAUGCUUAUUUACUCACCGGUAAUAAGAGUCGACACGCUAUCAUCUGGUCACUGUCGUUUGCCGAGAAAUCAAGACCCCCGAGGUAUCGAUUUUCAUGGUGUUGUGACCCCGACGUGUGUUUAUACUCGUGUUUAUAUAACCGAGAAAACCGUUAAAAGCAGAAGGAAUCUGUGAGACCGAUGGAGUCAGCAUCCGAUAAUCUCCUUCGUCUCAAGAUGUGCACCAGAAACAGCCCCCUACCCUCACCACCUCGACCAGCGAUUCGCUACAGUGGCCGUUGGGUUACUACGGUUGGUGCUCGGCUGUAAUUAGCGCCACUUCGAUCCUUUGUCGAUGCCUCCACGCUACAAGAAACGAGAUGAUUGCUUCUCCCGUUUUCGAAUUAUCUCUCACAUCUCGGGUACCUGGAGAAUACUUGCCGUCCAACUACAACUUCCCAACACCUCGAAGGGUAGCCAAAAGGCUGUGAGUGAAAAAAAAAUGUAAAAGAGGAAGGGAGAGAACGAAGAAGAACUUAACUCUGGUACCAAGCGGCAGCAGAAGCACAGGCCUGAGCAUCAGGAGUGCAUUGGAGAGUCAUCUAAAGAGAAAAAGCGAGUCCGAGACCACAGUGAGGGAUCGUGCCGAUGGUUAGUCUCGUUCAAGGGUAAUUAGGUCCAUUUCGCCGGGUGGUGGUGGCGGUGGACGAAGGGAGGGAGGGCAGCUUGUGGAGUGAGGCCCCACGAAAAUCAACAAAAUAGUGAGCGUCGGGUGUUUACCAGAGAUGCCGAAAGUGAGAAACACUAGACGCGACAGAGGUCGAUGAAAAUGGAUGGAUGUAUUUUGAUGGGAGGGGGGUGUGGCGAAGAUCUCCAAGGGUUUCUAGUUAAUGACUCUAUGCAUCGUGUCCCGGUUAUUCCCAAACCGUCAUUAUUGGGACCCGGUCGGGGUCUGAUGCCAGGGCGCGUGUGAGAUGUCUUCAUUUUUUUUCUGAUGAGACAAAGGUUAUCCCCCCAAUCCUCGCCCAGUGUCAAGUGCCAAGUAUAAUUCCCUAUUAAAUAAUGAACAUAAAUAAAAGUGAAGUGACGAUUGCUCGUGGAUAAAGGAAAAAGUACCGGUGAUUUUUGUUGUUAAGAGUUGAGUGUUUUGACCUAAAAAAAAAAUCCAACACUCAGUGAUGAGAGACUCUAUCGAGUGUGGAUAAUGUUGAGACUAAGUAGCUGUGAAGGACUUUUGUUAUUGUGUUUAUUUAUUUAAAAGUGUGACAAUAAUGCCGGAGAAGGAGGUGGCCUACCAUCAGGAGGCAUUCUCACUUUUACCGCCACCACCGCCACACCAUCCCCACUCGGCAUUUCACGCUGCCUUUCACCCUCAUCCACAUCAUGGGCCGCCCCCGCCACCUUUUCAUCCACAUCAUGGACCGCCUGCACCUCCCCAUCCAGCUGUGGCCGCUGCUUGGGAACAUCAUGCUGCUGCUGCUGCCGCUGCUGCUGUAGUUUUUCAUGCACCACCACCUCAUCCACUAUCGAGCGCUGGAGCGGGCAGUCCAGGUAGUUGUGGUGCUGGUGGUAAUUCAGGAGCUGGCGAGGUAGCAGGAGCGCCCGGCGCAGCGCCAGGCAGUGGCGCUGCUGCCAACGGCACAGCAAACGACUUCUUCCGGCGUAGUCAUCCACUGUCGGAUCAUACGCCCUUACAUCCUUAUCGUCUCAACUACAUGGACCACCUUUAUCACACACUUCAGGCCUCCACGCACAGUCCCAACGCCUCUCUACACGGACUGGGUGGAUUGGGGCCAGAGUACCUGCUGCAUCCUGCUGGCCCUGCUAGCACUCUCGCAUCGUCUGAAUUUCCGUUCUCCAUUGACGCUUCAUCGAGACUGGGUAGUCCACGAGCCUCGGCAAUCCGGGCGAGUCGAAAACGUGCCCUCAGUAGUUCUCCAUACUCCGAUCGUUUCGAUAUUGACAGCAUGAUUCGCUUCAGCCCCAACAGUUUAGCAACGGCAAUUGUCAAUGGCUCACGAAGUAGCAGUGCCAGUGGCAGUUACGGUCACUUAUCCGCAGCAAUGUCUCCAGCACUGGGUAUGCAUCCAGGAAUGGCACCGCACUUGCAGCAGCUUCAGGCGCACUUUCUCCGGAGUGCAGCAGCAGCAGCUCUCCUCCCGCACCCCCUGCAGCCCUCGCCCCCUCCUCCACACCCUCACAGUCACCCGCAUACACACGGCCUGACACCGCACAGUCAGUUAUUCUCGGUCCCCCACUCAUCGGCAUCAACAAUAGGCCCUCACGACGGAGGUCUUCCUCCUAAGACGGAUCCCACCGAGACCUGCAGAAGGGUCUCAGAGUCCUCCAGCCGGUCGAUAGCCGCCGAGGCAGAUACGUCCUCCCGAAGGCACACUAAGGUCAAAAGGGAGCCGGCGACAACAACGACGACACCAACAACAACAGCUGUCACUCAUCCCCAAGGGCUGAGCCCCAGUGAGGAUCUGAGGGAUGAACCCGGUGAUUUCAUUGAGACCAAUUGUCACUGGCGGGAGUGCGGAUUAGAGUUUCCAACGCAAGACGAUCUCGUCAAACACAUCAACAAUGAUCACAUUCACGCCAAUAAGAAGAGCUUCGUCUGUGGCUGGGAGGAGUGCUCCAGAGAGGAAAAACCCUUCAAGGCGCAAUACAUGUUGGUGGUGCACAUGAGGAGGCAUACGGGUGAGAAACCUCACAAGUGCACUUUCGAAGGGUGUUUCAAGGCGUACUCUAGGCUAGAGAACCUGAAGACGCAUUUAAGAUCACACACUGGGGAGAAACCGUACACCUGCGAGUAUCCUGGCUGCAGUAAGGCGUUCAGCAAUGCCAGCGACCGGGCGAAACAUCAGAAUAGGACGCACUCUAAUGAGAAACCUUAUGUCUGCAAAGCCCCAGGCUGCACAAAGCGCUACACCGAUCCCUCGUCCCUUCGUAAACACGUGAAGACAGUUCACGGUGCGGAAUUCUAUGCGAAUAAAAAGCACAAGGGCGGUGGUGAUGGGGGUGGUAGCGAUGAGGCUGGAGCAGGUGGUAAUUCCCCGAGUCGAAGUGAGGAUCUUCAUCCGAAAACGCCGAGUCUCUCCUCACCAUCUGUGAAAUCCGAAUCAGAGGCGAACAGUCCCCCAGGUAUGAUUCAACAGCAAGGAAGUCCUUUAGUCGGUGGCUGCACCGACGAAAUUGGUAUGACAGUUGACGGAGUAAUGCUCGCAGAGGAUAACUGGGUGGAGGAGUCGGACGACCUCGACAUUGCGGACCUCCCAGUGGCCCUCAGGGCCAUGGUGGGAGGAAUUGACACUCAACAGGCACCUCCACCCUCGAGAAAUCGAAUGAAGGGACGACUCAGUGCUAAGCCUGUUCCCUCGAUGAAUGUUGGAGGCAGGGGGAGGGCCGUUGGGCCCCCGGGCAAUAUUGGUGAGCUCAACCGGAGAAUCACUGAUUUGAAGAUGGAGGGCAGUAGACAGACUAGUCUGUCUGAUCUUCAACUGAGGCUUCAGCCCUUGAGUGAACCUAGGAGGGACUCCAGCAGCACUGUCAGCACUUAUUAUGGCAGCAUGAGGUCCACUGAUUUUGGAAGUAGGAGAAGCAGUCAGGCAAGUGCUGUCUCCACUGCCCGAAUCGGACCUGCUGGACCUGGCAGCUUCUACGAUCCCAUCAGCCCUGGGACCUCUAGAAGGAGCAGCCAGAUGAGCACUUUCUCAGGGAGAAAUAACCAAGUCCAGGGACAGUACAACACCAACAACCUUGUCGUGCAGACGCAGAACAUGUCCAUUCAGGGAGUUCAAAGCGGGACAAACGAAUGGAUCCCAUCCACAGGGCUCCCCCAACCCUCUGGAGACAGGCGAAUGUCAGAACCGACUAGGGGAUACCAGAGCCAACGAAUUUCACCACCUGUUCCACCUAGACCGAGAUCAGCACAGUUGCCUGAGUUGCAUCCCAAUCAAGAGGUUGUCCUCGAUGAAGUGGGGGAGGGGGAGAUGGUAGAGAACAAGCUUGUCAUUCCUGAUGAGAUGAUGCAGUACCUGAAUGAGGUGCAAGCGGGAGGUAACCAAGUCAGCUAUCGAGGCAGUCCUCUUCCCAUCUGUCAAUCCCCAAUCUGCACCAAUCCCCUGCACUACCAACGCCAGCAGCAGUCCUGCACCUUCUCCCCUCACCCAUCUCACCCUCCGCCAUCACAACCGUGCUACCAGCCCCCUCAAAAUCCCCCUCAAAACCCCUGCCACAACUACCAAGUCCCCUCUCCCUCGUACUCCCACUGUCCCUCGUCCCGAAUGUCCCAGACCUCCAACUACUAUCCCCAGACCAACUGCCCACAGAUGCAGCAGUCUCCAGCGAGCCAAGUUAUGUCUCCAGGAUCUCACUACGCACCUAGUCACAUCAGCGAUCAGCCAAUGACAUCACCAGCAGCAGGUGCUCUACCCCCUCAACUCAAUUCUCAAAUUAAUUCCACCAAUCUUCAGCAGAAUUCAGCACAAAUGUCCAGGAAUUGUCCUCAACAAUUGAAUUACUACCAAAAUUACAAUUGCAUAGGACAAUUGGGCAGCAAUUGCAAUGGCCAGAGUCAUCAGGGUCAGCCCUGCCUGCAGAUGAGAAACUGUAAUUUAUCUCAUUGUCAGCCAAGGGCUGGAGGACAUGUGGGAAAUGCGUGUGCACCAGGACAAAAUCAAUGUCCCAGGAAUCCUGUGAACGAGGGAAUGUCCUCGAGGAUGGUGCCAGCUGAUGGGGGAAUGAAUGGCAUGUGUCAGGCCGCCAAUCAGCACUGCACUGUUAAGGCUCAGGGUCAGAAUGGCCUUUGCCAGGUGAACUGCGCACAUCCAGGCGUCAAUACAGCCAGGAAUCCAGUUCAGAAUACCAAGUGCUCACGCCAGAAUAACUGUCGAUUGCAAAGUUGCAGCUGCCAAGGCUCUCAGGGACACCAAGCACCGCAGGGCCAGCAGGGACAGAAUAAUCAGUUCUCGAAUCCUCAGGGAUGUAAUUGCCAGUGGAAUUAUCAGCACGAGUGCUACAAUGGCCAUGGCAUGGAGAUUCAGUGCAGGGAUAUCAGCCAGUCGCAGCAGGGCUCACCCAUGAAGCCACCUGGCAUGCAACAGGACUCCUACAGGCGGACUCUUGCUUACGUUCAACAGUUGGAAAAGUGGUCUGGUAAUGCUCAGGGACAUGAGACCAAUGUCUCCAGCUCGACACAUCCACUUUCACUACCACAGCCACUACCGGCUAGCUCCAACAUGGUGGUAAAUGAUAUGACUUCUUCGUUGAGUUCUCUUUUGGAGGAGAACAGAUAUCUGCAGAUGAUACAGUGAGGCACAAGGGGAAUCGGUGGUGUUCAAUUUUGGGUGGAGUAGAAUUUACGAGAGAGGAGAAAUUUUUGGGAGUUAUUGAUAAAAUUUUUAAAAAGAUAUUUUGCGAAUAUCUUUGUAGCUAAUGUGAUUUUUAAAAAUAUUUUUACACUUCGAGGACUGGCGAAGAAGUGUCUGGAGUUUUUAAAUAAUGAUUUCUACAAUUCUGCCUUUUUAUAAAGUUAAAAGACAAUUUAAUGUAAAUUUUUAUUCGUCAAAAAUUAGAUCUCGAGAUAAUGAAAAUAAUUUUUUGAGAGACGGUAGAAAAAUAUAUUUGGACUUUUAAGAGAAUAAUUAUUUCUAAAAGGUUCAUCCAACAAUUUGUAAAAAUAUAUUUUCACUACCUCUUGGUGGCUCACGUGCCUUUUAACACUCCCAGUGCCUUCAACUUAAUUUAUUACCUAUCAUUAACAAUGAUAAAGUGACAGCAGUUAACGACUGAUGGGGAUACGUUGAUUAAUACUCAAUAAUCUAGGAUUUAAUGAUUGCGUAAUUUUCCGUAGGACGUAAUGAUAUUUUUUUUUUCUCAAUGGAAAAAAUAAAUCGAGAUUAUUUCGAGCUCAGUGAAGAGUGUACGAUGUACGCUGUGAUAACAGAAGAAAAAAGAUACAAAUUUAUUAUAUUAAUGUAGGAUUUUUUAGUGAUAGAUAAUGCGUAAUCGAUGCAGUUAAUGAUGCAUUUAUCAUAAUUAGGUGAUUAGACCUGAGAUUUUGAGAAAAUUAUAGACUAUUAAUUAUUCAUUUUAGAUCAGAAAGAAAGGCCAAUACUAAUUUUUAAGAACUCUGUAGAUAGUGUGAAUGACUCUCAUCUCAUUUAUUCUUGAUCUCUUAAUUCACGAGAUUGAUUACCCCAAUGUACUUAGCCAGCGGGGGGUUGCAAACGGCAAAACUAACUAAUGUACAUGAUUGUUCAUCGUUAGUACGUCAUUGUACAUGUAUUGAUUUUGUUUGUAACCCCGUGGGUAAUUAAAAAUCAUCAUAUCAGUUUUACCCAUGAUGUUGGCUGGAAAAAAAAAUAGAGAAUCAACUUUUUUAAUUUAACUGUAGCUAGUUUUGUAAGAAAUCUUUUGUAGAUCACGAAUAUAAAGGUUUGCUCGUUUGUACAUAAUCAUCGAAUACAAUAAAAUAAAAAUUGUGAUUA